AUGCGUUUCGCUACUGUUGUUCUGUCCGUCGCUCUGGCCGCCGUCUCGGUUCACGCCCAGAAUGCCACUACCGUUCCCGCUGUUUCCAGCAGCGUGGCCUUGAGCCCAGCUCAAUCGUCUCAAGCAACCUGCUUGUCUUCCUGCGCUGCUACCGAUCCUGCAUGCCGAGCCAAGUGUAUUGUCAUCCCAGAGGGAGACUAUGCCCAGCAGAACCGAACCAUCGACUGCAUUUCUGAGUGCCCCAAGGGCAACGGCACUGCAACCGAUGACAAGAACUUCCUCAACUGCCAAAAGGGAUGUCUUGCCUCGGCCACCAUCACACCAUCUUCUACACCCGCCGCAACCGGAACUGGAAAGUCUGGAGCUGGAAAUACAUCUGGUGGCGCCAAGCCAACUGGCACUGCUACCGAUGGUUCCGAAGUAUCCGCCAGUGGCUCUGGAUCCUCUCCAGCUGCGACAAGCUCGAAGUCUGCCGCUGACAAUGUCCACCUCGGAAUCUCCGUCGCAGGAGUUGUCGGCCUAUUCGCGGCUGUCUUUGCGUUGUAG